AUGGACGCGACAGCGAUGGAAGCGGCGCGGCUGGCGACGGCCGCCAAGGACCGCUGGCUCAACAAGGACGAGAUCGCGUUCCUCCUGCUCCAUGCCAAGGCCUGCCAGGCAGCGAUUCCCGUCUACCUGAGCCCGCAGCAGCAGCCGCCAAGCGGAUCCCUCUUCUUCUGCGCUGCCACCAUGGACUACAGGAAGGAUGGAUGGACGUGGCAGAAGAAGAAAGGAAGCGAGACCAUGGUCCGAGAAGACCGCGCCAAGCUCGUCGUCAACCGCGAGCUCGUUGUCCUCGGUGCGUACGCGCACUCGGCCGACGCCGCGUCGUUCCAUCGACGCAGCUACGUGCUGCGCGUCGGUGACCCGCGCUACAUGCUCGUGCAUUACCUCGAUGACGCCAAAAGCAAGCCACGCAGUCCGAAGCUCGCGCCAACACCGCCCCUCGACGACGAUUGCAGCACGACCUUUAUGGAGGACGUCGACCUUCUCCGAGACAUGGACCUGUCAAGCGACCCCCAUGCAAUGCAAGAUGUGUACGAUAAUUUCGCGUCGUUCGCAUCGUCGUCGCCCAAGAUGCUGCCAAUCCCUGCGCUCUCCGUUCUACCCGAAACCCAGGCGCCGCUCCAAAUCACCGACUACUCGCCCAACUGGGACUUUACUUCGGGCGGCGCCAAGCUCCUCAUCUGCACCUCCGAGACGCUGCCACCAGCGACGCCCUUCUUCGUGCAAUUCGGGGCCAUCGCGACCGUCGUUGCCGAAAGCAUUGCACCCACGGUGCUUCGCUGCACAGCGCCCAUGACCCUCGAGGGCGGCCGCGUCCCGCUCACGAUCGUCACGUACCGCAACGGCACGGUCGUGCCCAUGUCGAGUCCGCGCGAGUUCGAGUACCGGGGUAGCACCUUUACGCAGGCGCUCCAGGACACAGACAUGCUAAGCGACGACACAAACGAGACCAAGUCGACGCUCAGUGAGCCGCACAGCAUGAAGCGCGCGCGGUCUGCGGUUGACGACGCGGACGUGAUGAGCGCAUACUCGGACACGACGCGAUCCGUGAGCAGUCCUCCGGCCGCCUGUACGCACCAGCCAUUCGCCCUCGACCAGUAUGACCCGCAUGAGCGGCAGUACAAGAUUCGCGUCGUCGAGCGCCUCUCCGAGUUUCGGCGCGCGAUAUCGUCCAAGCCGACGCUGCAGCCGACGGCUCACGUUCUCGAGGAAUCCUCGCCCGUGCUCCUCGAUGACUCGGCAGUUGCAGCACUUAGUGAUAAAGAACUCGGGUCGCUCUCCGACACGCUCAUCGAAGACGUCGUGAAGCAGCUCGUUGCCGUCGCCGGCACGUCCGCAGACCUCCUCGAGGAGCUCAAUUCGCUCGAUGAUGCUGGACUGAGUCUGCUUCACUACGUGAGUUUUUACAACUGCGCGCCGCUGGUCCCGCUCUUGCUUGCCCACGGUGCGCUCGUGGACCAACGCAGCGUGCAAGGCCAGACGGCGCUUCAUCUCGCGGCCGGUUGCGGCCACCUCGGCGUCGUCAAGGUGCUUCUCGCGCACAACGCGGACGUGACGAUGUUUGACUUUGACUGCCUCACGCCCGCCGACCGGGCCGAGAACUGCGGCCACGACGACGUCGCGGCGUACCUCCACAGCAUUCUCGAGCCGUCGCCGCCGAAAGCGACAUCGAACCUCUCGUUUUCAGAACUCAAGUCGUUUGGGCUCUUUCACGACCAAGACUCGAGCGACCAGCACAAUCGAAAGCUGCUCCUCGGCGCCUUCUCGACCAUGAGUCUCCACGACAAAUGUGCGCUGUCGCUGGGCACGAAGCGCCGUAGCAACAGUCUCGGCGACUACGACGAGCAUGACUCGGAUCACGACAACAUGGAGGUCAGCAGCGUCAUGGACGACUCGGAUGUGACGAAGCUGGAGGCGGCCAUGCAGCUCAUGGGCCCCGACGAGCUGGCGCUGCUCGAGGAAGAGGCGCGUGUGAUCCAAACCAACGUACGCGCAUGGCUCUUGCGGCGCAGCUACAAACACAUGCGCGAGACGACGCAAAAGCUGCAAGAAGUCGCGAAAGAGAGCCUCGCCAAGCAAAAGAUGGAGCGGGCGGCCGUGACCGUGCAAGCCGCGACGCGGAGCAUGCUCGUGCGCAAGAGCUACCUCCAGCAGCGCAACACAGCGAUCAAAGUCCAGGCCGCGGCGCGGGGCAUCCUCUGCCGCAAGAACUUUGCCAACAUGAAGAAGAGCGCGCUCGCAUCGCUCGUGAUUCAAAAGAACGUGCGCGAGUGGCUCGCCAAGCCCGAGCCCAAGAGCGGAUGA